AUGGCACCCAUCCGUCGAUCCUCGACCUCAGGCGUUGCUCUGCCCAUUGGCAGUCGCACACGAUCAAAAACGAAUCACCCAUCAUCCUCUUUGAUCUUCCCAGAAGAACCGCUUACCAAGCGUGUCAGACCGAAAACGACUGGAUUUAUGGACCCAAACUCUACUUCAGAAGGUAUCACUUCAAGAUCAAAGGCUCCCAGUAGUGUUUCUGAAGGUAAGAAGCGAGAUUCCGAGCCCAAAGAAAUCCCGGGACCUGUUCGAAGGUCCAACAGACUUUCACUCCAAAAGUCUCAGGCUGACCAGGAGAAGGAUCAAUGCGAAACCGAAGGAAAUCACUCUAAGAAAUCCACUCGGUCCCUGACUACCCCUUCAUUCUCUUUCCAACGUAAUUGGGUAGGAUCGAAAAGGACUCAAAAUCAAAGGGAAUAUCCAGAUCCAGAGGUAUCUUCAGGUUCCGAUACUUCCUCCUCUUCUUCUUCUCAUAUUUCUUCUUCGACUAGCUACAGACCUACCUGGAAAAAGGAUACCAAACCCUCCAUUACUUCUUCUUCAACUUGUCAACCAAAAGUGAAGAAGGGUAAAGGGGGCAAAAACGAUCACCUUCCUCAAACCAAUGCUACAAUCGAGAUCAAUGCGGAGUUAUCAUAUGUUCCACUCAAACCUAUCAAAGACGACAAGCCAUCCUUGUCCUCCUCUUUGAGUAACGUUUCUAUCUCCGAUCAGAUCAUCGUCACACCCCUUUACACUCGAACUAUGGAUACCGAAGACUCGAAGAGUUCGAGUCAAAGCUCUUCUGCUCAAUUCCCGACCAUCCAGCUCACCCAAUCAGAUCUCGCUGCCAUCGAAGCCAUCGAAUUUCAGAAUCUGAGAACAGAUGAACAAGACGUUCAAGCGGAUGCUUUCCCAGCACGGUCAGAAGAUGAAGACGAUCAUUUUGAUUGGGCAGACGAUGGAUCGGAUCUGACAUCUCUGAGUCAAUAUGGGGAUUGUGAAGCUGGAUGUUAUGAUCAUCAUGGAGAACGUGAAGAAGAUGAAGGUUUGAAUGAUGAUUGGGAUAGAGCAGAUGUGUCCGGGGAAGAAGAAGGUAAAAUACCAGUCGCUGAGACAAUCGAUGUGGAUCGUGAGUCAAAAAUGUCCAAUGUGCAUGGUUUUGGAGAGAAAGAUUUAGCUGGAACGCCACCUCCCUACUCGUAUAUCGAGGAAGGGAGUGGCGAAGAUGCUGAACCACAAUUCAAGAAUGACAUGUCAGAGGAGGAAGUGGUCGAUGGCAUUGUUGCAGAAGAGGAUGACAAAGCAACCAUCGAGGUGGAUUUGAUCUUCAAGGAAGAUCGAAAAGAGAAGCUGGACGAGGAAGAUGACGAAGAUAAGGAAAACAGACCGAUUAGAUCUGGGUUUGAUGCGGAUGAAAUUCCGAGACUCGAAGAUGUCUCAUCUGAGUGGAAAGGUCCAGCUCCAGCUCAAGAGGAUCAAGUCAGUCUGAAAAAUCGCUCAGGUGUGGCAGUGGAUGACCAAGUGGGACACAAGAGGGCUCAAGAAGGUGGUGUGACGUUUGACGGAAAAUUGAAUCAAGACCUCGAUUUUCAAGGAAAUACUAAACUCACCAAACAGGUAGAUACCAAGAAAGAUGCAAUGGCAAGAGAACCUGUAACUCUUACGUGGGGACCGUCUUCAUGGACGAUUGCAUUCUACGAGCCUCAAAGACAGGAACAGGAAGGGAUGGCUCAAGGUUAUCGAGCAGCGCUGAAGUACGCAGAGCCAGAGGGUUUCAAGACUCGACAACCGUCCUUGGGACCCUCAACAACGCCUUUCCUCGAAACGUCACAAGCGAAUCUAAGACUCGUCGAUAUCUUUUCAAGGCCUGAAUCUACCGAGACCAUGAGCCUUUCGUCGGAUUCCGAAUCAGAUCCUGUGCGGCUGACUUCCAACUUACCAUCCGAACCCCCAGAGGCACCAUACUUACGCUCAGAAUUAGAUCCGCAAGUAGGAAAUCCUCUAAUAGAUUCAAAUUCAAACCCUGCCUCAACUCCGAGUCCACGUCAAAUGGAGGGUGCUCCUCUGACAGUUCACUUUCCUGUGCCGAAGAUACCCAAGUCUGGGAUCCCCCCAGCUCCUACCAAACCGAGGGGUAGAGGAUCUAGAGGAGGUAGGGCAAGAGGCAGGUCCAUGACCGAAGCACCCACACGGGGUCAGGGUGCAGGCAGCGAAAGUGGCAGAGGUAGUGGCAGAGGAAGUGGCAGAGGAAGAGGAAGAGGAAGAUCUAAAUCAAACAAGGUUCCUUCACUUACCAUAACCAGUCCCGGUGGCACUACUUCUCCAAUCCAAUGUCAAGCGGAAGAUGAGCAAGUCGUUUCUACGGUUACAGAACCGUCCUACAAGUUCUGGAACCGACCUGGUCCAGCGGCAUCUUAUCAGCCUCGAACGAUUUAUGAUGCUCAACCCUAUCAACCAGAAGACACAUCGAACUUGCACCUCUUAGCGGAUGUAGCGUUGGCUUUGAACAACUUGGACAAAAGGGACCAGAAGUCACCUGGAAGUGGCAGUGCGAGUUACUGGAGGACAGUGAUGGGUAUCACACCGCAAUCUACUCAAUUGGAUAUCUUAGCGGCAGUUUCGAACAAUAUAGAUGAUUUACCUAGAUAUGGAUUUGAUAGGCACGGUGAGCCGUUGAAUGCUCCACGAUCAAUCAUAGCCCGCAGGGAAACUGAUAUGUCAUUCGAUCGACAUCCACCUAAGAUACCAAGACCACCACAACGUUCAGUGACGUUCGCAAGGCAUAAUACCUUCGCGGCAGUACCUGCAGACACGUCUCGACCGAUCAUUCGUCUUCCUACGUCCGCAGUCAGAGAUGAGCCUCGUGUAUGA